AUGCGCGGUGCUGGCCCGUCACUUCCCCUUCGCCGACUCAGGGCAAUACCAGCCGCUGCUGCCACCCCCCGAUGCGUCCCAAGGCCAAACAUCAUCCGCCACUCGCUUUGCACAUCUUGCCAAACGACCCAAGUAAAAAACACCAGAGCCAGCCAUUUUGCCGGUAUUCCCAAGGAGUACUCCAAUAAUGGAGUGCAGAGAAGGGCCGCGUCAACUGUAGCAGACGCAACCGAAGGAAACACCACUUCAAAGGACCAUCAUGGCCCGAUCCAAGAAUACGACCGCCGGGUCGACACAGGUAUCCUGCGCAACGACGAACACCAAAGGGGCAUUAUCCAAAGCCUCCAACACCUCCACGAUGAGCUGGUCAAAUACCAUGCGCCCGAAGUCGUCCACCCGACUCUCGAAUCCUUGAAGCCCGCAAAGUCGAUGUUUGGAUCUUGGUUCGGUGGAGGCAAGGCGGCUCAAGCCACAAUAGGAGCGAUCCCGAGCAACCUGCCCCGCGGCCUAUAUCUUUAUGGCGACGUUGGCAGCGGCAAGACGAUGCUUAUGGACUUGUUUUACGACACACUGCCGAGCUCCGUCAAGACAAAGACGAGAAUCCAUUUCCACAAUUUCAUGCAGGAUGUCCACAAGCGGCUACACAAGAUGAAGAUGCAGCAUGGCAACGAUGUCGAUGCUGUGCCGUUCGUCGCGGCCGACAUCGCGGCCAAGGGCAACGUCCUGUGUUUCGACGAGUUUCAGUGUACGGAUGUGGCCGACGCUAUGAUUCUGAGACGAUUGCUUGAAUCGCUCAUGUCGCAUGGCGUCGUACUGGUCACAACCUCGAACCGACACCCCGACGAACUCUACAAAAAUGGAAUCCAGCGGGAGUCCUUCGUUCCGGCGAUCAAGCUGCUCAAAAGCAGGCUCCAUGUGAUCAACCUGGACUCUCCGACAGACUACCGCAAGAUCCCGAGACCUCCUUCCGGCGUGUACCACACCCCGCUGGAUGCGCACGCCAACUCCCACGCUGAGAAGUGGUUUCGCUUCCUCGGCGACCCAGAGAACCCGGAGCCGCACUCGGAGGUGCAGAACGUCUGGGGUCGUGAAAUCCACGUCCCACGGGUCAGCGGCCGCUGCGCGUGGUUCACGUUUGAUGAACUUAUUGGCAAGGCCACGUCGGCAGCGGACUACCUCGAGCUGGUGCGAAACUACGAUGCCUUCGUCAUCACCGACGUGCCUGGUAUGACGUACCGCCAGCGCGACUUGGCGCGUCGCUUCAUUACUUUCAUCGACGCCGUGUACGAAUCGCACGCGAAGCUAGUCCUGACGACGGAGAAGCCCCUGACGGAACUAUUCGUCUCGCGCGCCGAGCUGGAGGAAUCGUUGGAGAAGCAGGAGAAGAAGGACUUUGGUCAGAGCGACAACGCUGCGACGCACCUCUUGGAGGACCUGGACCACAACAUCGAUUCGAUCAAGGGCCUCCAGGGCCUGUUCUCGGGCGACGAGGAGGCCUUCGCAUUUGCACGUGCGCUUUCGCGUCUGAGCCAUAUGGGUAGCAAAGAGUGGGUUGAGCGCGGCAUGGGCCUGGAGCAGCAAGGCGGCAAGAAGGAGCGCGACGACUGGGCCAAGGUUCGGAGUCGACAGAUGGAGGACAGCAUGUGA